AUGGCACUAAAUAACUUUAUGCAUCCUCGUAAUAUUUACAGGAGUCCCCCAGAUUUUGCUAAGUUAGCAGCUACUUAUCCUGAGUUUAAGUGCAUUUCAAAGCUGGAUCUGUCUGGAAAAGUCACAAUUGAUUUUAAGGACCCUAAAUCAUUGAGAAUUUUAACCAAAUGUUUGUUGAAAUCAGACUUCAAUGUAGAUAUUGAUAUUCCUGAAGAUAAAUUAGUCCCCACACUACCCUUGAGACUAAAUUAUGUUCUAUGGAUUGAAGAUAUAAUGACUGCUAUUAAAAGAAUUGAAAAUAUACAGGGUUUGGAUAUUGGUACUGGAGCUUGUGCUAUUUAUCCUGUCUUAGCAGCAAUCAAAAAUAAAUGGCAUAUGAUAGGGACAGAAACUGAUGAGGAUAGUGUUAAGAAAGCUCAGGAAAACAUUAAGAAUAACAAUUUGGAAUCACUUAUUAAAUUAACCAAAACACCUUCGUCUACAAUAAUCAGCUAUGCAUUGGAUGAGGAAAAGGAUCAGUCAUUUGAUUUUUGUAUGUGCAACCCUCCAUUCUACAGUAGUGUUCAAGAUCUUUGUGAUUCACGCAAUCCUACAAGGCCCCCUCCAAAAAAUGCUUUUACGGGAUCACCUCAAGAACUUAUCACAGAAGGUGGAGAAUUGAACUUUUGUAGAAAAUUAAUUACGGAAAGUCAUAAAUACAAAGAUAGAGUUAAAAUUUUUACAACAAUGAUUGGCCACAAGUAUAAUUUAAAGGAAUUAGUGCAAGACCUUAGUGCUGAUGAAAUAAAAUUUACGCACACAGAAUUCUGUCAAGGUCGGGUGACACGUUGGGGCCUUGCAUGGACUCAUCAAGACUAUGAUAUCUAUAAAUUGAUUGGUCCCAGAGACAAAUUACGAAAAAAGAAUACACCAAUAAUAUAUUCAUUACCAAAGCUAUCAGAUUGUACUUAUAAUGUGGAAACCUGUACAGAAAAAAUAAGGUCAAUAUUUAAAAGCCUUGAUGUUGAAUAUAAAAUCCUCAACAAAAUUGGAAAUAAAUUUACAAUGCAGUUUACUGCUAUCAAAAAUACAUGGUCUCAUCAACGGCGAAAACGAAGAUUAUUGAAAGGCGUUGAACAAAAUAAUGUUAAGAAAAUGAAAGUGAAUGAUGAUGAGUCUAAUAGAGAUGACAUUCAUAAGGAGAUCAGCCAUUCUGACACAAUAAAAGAAGUCGAUGUUGCUAAUGGAAACAUUAACAAUAACGCAGAAUAUUUUAAAAGUACAGAACCACUUAUACAAGCAUACUUAAAAGUAUUUAAAAAAGAUGAUAAUAUAUUCUUUGAAGUUGAGUAUUUGGAUGGUAGUGCUGGGAAAGAAGGAUUGCAUCAAAUAGUACAAUACAUAAAAAAUAAUUGGAAAUAA